AUGGAGGGCGCCGAGCCCCGCGCGCGGCCCGAGCGCCCGGCCGAGGCCGAGGCGCGGGCGCCCGACGGCGGGCGCUUGGUGGAGGUGCAGCUGAGCGGCGGCGCCCCGUGGGGCUUCACUCUGAAGGGCGGCCGCGAGCACGGCGAGCCGCUGGUCAUCACCAAGGUUGAAGAAGGAAGUAAAGCAGCGGCGGUGGACAAGCUGCUGGCGGGGGACGAGAUCGUCGGCAUCAACGACAUCGAUCUCUCGGGCUUUAGACAGGAGGCAAUUUGCCUGGUGAAGGGCUCUCAUAAAACCCUGAAGCUCAUAGUGAAAAGGAAGAAUGAGGUGAUCUGGAGGCCUCACUCCUGGCAUGCCACCAAGUUCUCCGACAGCCACCCCGAGACGGCAACAGCGCCGUUCCCCACCGCCAGCGCCUGCCCUUCUUGGCACGGCCGACACCACACCAGCUCUUCGUCUCACGACCUGUCGGGCCCGUGGGAGCAGUCGAACCUGCAGCGAACCUCGGACCAUUUCAGCUCGCUGGGGAGUGUCGACAGCCUGGACCAGCCUUCCCAGCACGACCCCUCCGGACGCCUCUCCGCGGCCAAGUCCAGCAGCAGCAUCGACCACCUGGGCGGCCAGAGCAAGCGGGACUCGGCCUACGGCUCCUUCUCCACCAGCUCCAGCACGCCUGACCACACCCUGCCCAAGGCCGACACCUCCUCCACAGAGAACAUCAUCUACAAAGUGGGCCUGUGGGAGGCCUCCAAGCUGGGCGGCAGCCGGCAGGGCCAGGCUGCCUGUGAUGCUGCGGGCCUGGAGGAGAGGCUCGGGUACUUCCCAGCCCGGGUCCCCUGUGACAGCCGCAAAAGCCCCAGGCCGGAGGACAGUCCUGAGGCCAAGCUGGCCACCGCCGGGAGAUCAAAUUUUGGGCCUGUCUGGUAUGUCCCUGAGAAGAAAAAAGCACCUUCGUCCCCUCCUCCGCCCCCUCCCCCUCUCCGCAGUGACAGCUUCGCGGCCACCAAGAGCCACGAGAAGACCCAGGGCCCUCCAUUCUCAGAGGCGGCCAACGUGCAGCACUUCCUGGGCCUGACUCGGGCCCAGCCCUGCAGCGACUGGAGAACAGAAGCUGCCGAUCCGUGGAGGCCGGUGCAUCCCAGUGGCGGAAGAGCCGUCGGGAGUUGGGGCUGCGCGCCAGACGUCCCCCUGGACGGGGGGGUGCUGCCCUCCGACCAUGGGGCCGGCGGCCUCCCAGGUGUCCCCGGCCGGCUGCAGGCCUCCCUGUCCAGCACGGAUGUGCGCUUCCCGCCGUCUUCCCACGGCUGCCAGCACCCACGCCAGUACAGUGACGACAGCCCCUUCUCCCAUGAGGGCCCCAGGGCCACCACGUCGCUGAGGGAACAGCCCCGCCUGGCCAUCCCCGGGGGCCGCCAGGAGCCGCCUGCUGGCCGUUUCCAAGACGACAGCCCCCCUCAGGUCAGGUGGCCCGGUGCCACCAACCAGAAGGGGGAUGGCGGCGGGCAGAGCCGCUACUACUGUGUGACCAGCAGACAGUGCCCGCAGGGGGGCACGCAGGCAGCGUGGCUGCACGAGGAGGCCUGGCAGCUUGACGUGGCCCCGGGCGCCCCUGAGUACCCUGCCCCCCACCCAACGGGCCAGAGGCCCCAGUGCUCCCUGCUGCAGCCCGAGGUGGCCGCAGGCCCCCCCGAGAGAGAUGGGAGUGAUCCGGGGGACCGAGGGGCAGAGGGCCGCUCCGCAGCACGUGAGGACGUGCGGGAAUCCAGGCCCGUGGUGAAGGCCGGCGCGAGGGGCUCUGCGGGCGGCUUCGCGUGGGCCGACGGCGAGAGCAGCCAGAUCUCCCGUCAGAAGACCCCCAUGCUGCACUCGCUGACGCGGGAGGGGACGCGGCGGCCCGAGAACGGGCAGGAAGCCCACGCAGACAGGCCGCCCCCGACAGAUGCCCCAGGGGGCAAACCGACGCGGAGGAGCGACCGGUUCGCCACCACCCUGAGGAACGAGAUCCAGAUGCGUCGGGCCAGGCUGCAGCAGAGCAAGAGCACGGCGGCGCUGACCGGGGCGGGGGGCGCGGCGGGGGAGGCCGCCGGCUGGGGGGCGCAGCCCGUGGCUGCCGCCAGCGCCAGCCCAGCAGGGUCCUUCAUGGGCACCUACAGAGACCACGUGAAGGAGGCCCAGGCCCGGGUGCUCAGGGCCACAUCGUUCAAGCGCCGUGAUUUGGAGCCCAGCCCGGCCGAUCCUUACGCCGGGUCACCGGAGGACCACGGUGCCGGUCCGGACCCGGUCCCCCGCGUCUGGGAGGGGGGCCCGGCCAAGCCGUCCCCGUCGGGAGCAGGUGGGCCGCACGUUCCCCGCAUCGGAGGCCGCAAGCGGUUCACGCCGGAGCAGAAGCUGAAAUCCUACUCCGAACCAGAGAAGAUGAACGAGGUGGGGCUCUCGGGGCACGAGCGCCCUCAGCAGCACCCCGGGACGUCCGACGAGACGCUGGGCACGUUCGCCGACAGGUGGAAGUUCUUCGAGGAAACCAGCAGACCCGUCCACCAGAGGCCGGGGCCGAGCCCAGCGCUCUGUGGUUUCCUGAAGGAGAGGCUGGAGAGGUUGCAGACAGCCGGCCGCGGGUACGACGGGGCAGAGCCUUGGUUCCAGAAGCAGGCCCGCUCUACCUCCUUUGGAGAGCACCCCAGUGGUCACGGACAAGCGGGAAAGGUCGGAAAACGGGAACCGCCCCAGAGACUUGGGACGUUUGCUGAGUAUCAGGCCUCUUGGCGGGAACAGAGGAUAGCUCUAGAAGGCAGGAGCUCCGGGCGGUACCACUCAGCCGACGACAUCCUGGACGUAGGUCUGGAGCAACACGAGAGGCCGCAGUACAUUCAUGGACGGUCCCGGUCAUCGCCGUCCACGGACCUCUACACACAGGAAGCUGCCAUCGGACCGCAGCAGCCCGUGGGGGACCCUGGUGAGCGCAGAGAACGUUCCUCCGCAGUCUGGGCCGAGGAGGGACAGCCCCGUCCGAGACAAGCAGAUGCCCACUGUCCAGAGGUCGGUCCGGCAGCACAGCAGGACCCUCCGGAGCCGUCCCAGGAGGCCCGCUGCCGAGCGGGGACCCUACCUCGAGAUUACAGAUACCCAGAGGAAACACUCGGCCCAGGACCACACGUGCCGGACACCCCUUCGGCCCUGCACACUUGGGGGCAGGACCCAAGGCCCGUGAACACUGCAGCGCUCCCCAAGAAGCCAGCCCCACAGAGGCCGCCACCACCCAAACGUGAACCCAAGCAACUCAAGGGGCUGGCCGGUGGCCCGCCUGGGGCCGCUCACCUAGGUGCCCCCAGCCGGCCCCUCGCCCCGCCGUCCCCGGAGGCCCUGGAGGCGUGUGUGGACCGUCUGUCCCUGUCCCACAGCCCCUGUCCCUUGGUGGAGAAGCUGAGCAGUGUGCAGCCGGAAGACGGCGUGAGGGCGGCCGGCGAGCACAGCGGGCGGCAUGUAGACGAGCACGCAGCCUGUCCGAAGCGCGAGGCCCCGCUCCCUUCCAGGUUCCGGCCCCUGCCGACGUCCGCCAUGGAGACUUCUCGCUCCCCUUCUCCUCAGUUCGCGCCCCAGAAGCUGACCGACAAACCACCCCUGCUGAUCCAGGACGAGAAUUGCGCAAGGAUCGAGCGGGUGGCGGACGGCAGCGGCACAGUGAAGAGGGUGCCCGUCAAGAUCGUGCACUCGGAGAGCCGGCCCGAGAAGGAGAGCCGCCAGGGCCUGGCCCGCGCCACCGAGCUGCCCGCGCUGCCCAGCGGGCUGGAGAAGGACCAGAUCAAGACCCUCCGCACGUCCGAGCAGUCCUACUCGCGCUUCUGCCUCUACAGCCGGGAGGACGCCGAGCCCGAGCCCCCGCGCCCCAGCGCCCCCACGCCCGGCGCCAAGGACGGCGGGGCCUCUCCCUCCGGCCUCAGCUACGUGAGGGCCAAAGAGAGGACGGCUGAGGACCUGAAGUCGGAGGAGCUGGCCCGGGAGAUCGUGGGGAAGGACCGGUCCCUGGCCGAGAUCCUGGACCCCGGUGUGAAGAUGAGGACCACCAUGGACCUCAUGGAGGGCAUCUUCCCCAAAGACGAGCACCUGCUGGAGGAAGCCCAGCAGCGCCGCAAGCUGCUGCCCAAAGUCCCGUCUCCGAGAGGCGCGGACGAGAAGAGAGAGGAGCCAGGUGCGCCCGCAGCCAUGUCCCUGGCCACCAACUCCACCUACUACAGCACGUCGGCCCCCAAGGCAGAGCUGCUGAUAAAGAUGAAGGACCUGCAGCAGCAGGAGGAGCCGGAAGACGACGCAGGGAGUGACGUGGACCACGACCUGGCCGUGAAGAAGCAGGAGCUCAUCGAGAGCAUCAGUCGCAAGCUGCAGGUGUUGCGGGAGGCCCGGGAGAGCCUGCUGGAGGACAUCCAGGCCAACAGUGCACUUGGGGAUGAGGUGGAGGCCAUUGCCAAAGAUGUCUGCAAACCCAACGAGUUCGACAAGUUCCGGAUGUUCAUCGGGGACCUGGACAAAGUAGUGAACCUUCUGCUGUCGCUGUCCGGCCGCCUGGCCCGUGUGGAAAAUGCCCUCAAUAAUUUGGACGACAGCACUUCUCCUGGUGACCGGCAGUCACUGCUCGAGAAGCAGCGGAUGCUCAUCCAGCAGCACGAGGACGCCAAGGAGCUGAAGGAGAACCUGGACCGCCGGGAGCGCGUUGUGCUCGACAUCCUGGCCAGCUACCUGAGUGAGGAGAGCCUGGCCGACUACGAGCACUUCGUGAAGAUGAAGUCGGCUCUCAUCAUCGAGCAGCGGGAACUGGAGGACAAGAUACACCUGGGGGAGGAGCAGCUGAAGUGCCUGUUCGACAGCCUCCAGCCCGACAGAGCCAAAUAAGGGGAGCCCUCCCUGGCGGAGGACGGAAGCUGGCGCCGGGCGCUCCGUUCCCGAGGAGGCGAGUAGGAACCCCAGCCUCUCUCUGGCUCCUGGAGCACAAAUCCUCCGGUAGCAAAACAGCUGUUAGGAAAGCAAUAACUGUGUGUGUGUUUGCGAUGGUCUAUUUAAUUCUUUGGUUCCCCUUUUGAAUGUGCCGCAGCAUGUCUCCCCGUUAGCCAUCUUUCCUUUGCAAGUCACACUCGUGGCGGCGGGCUCCAGUGGAUGGCGACUUGGUUGGGUCCAGACUGUGGGCUCCUGCCGCGUGGCGAUGCAAGGGGUCGUUUCCACGGGUGGGUCUGCCCUUCCUCCCAUCUUCCCAUCCUGAAGCAGCCGCUCGGGAAGCUGAGCGGGUCCAUAAGGUGCGUGAGGGGAGACCCUGGCGCACGUCUUGUCCUGUGAUUCAUCCAAAGCCUGGGCUGCCGCGUGUCCUCCCUGUUCGUCAGGUGGUGUGGACCAUUCAUUGUCCUCCUUCCUUGUCCCCCAGCAAAAACUGUGAUGAUCUGUGAUGGUCAUGCAUUAACAUUUUGGAAAGGUGAAUCAUUUCCAAGUGGUUAAAAACCAACCAUGGAACGAGUCACCAACGUGUUGGGUUCACUCAUUCUGAAAUCGCCACUUAGAGAAAUAGCAUGCAUGCUGUAAAACACAGGCACAGAGCAGAUAGUUUCAGUCCUGGUAUCCCGGUUCCAGGGCUGUUUCCUUGCAAAGAGAAAUUACUCGGUUCAUAGUAUGUCCCGUAGUGUGAUGUGCUUGCUAGACGUCUGUUUCCUGAGACCAGCAGCAGAUUUCUAAAGCUCAUUUUUCCCCAGAAUGCUUACUUUGUGUGCACUGGGUCAUUAACGAUCAUUGGCUUCUUGUCCCCUUUUGCCUCUUCAAAUCCACUACCAUGCCGUGGAAGGGUUCCGUUCCAUUUACGUGUAAGAACCUUUUCUCUGGCCUUUCAGAGGCCGUAUGGACUCUACAAGCCCUAAACCUGACCUUUGGCCACAGAUUCUAUAGGUUCUGUGGCCUUUUCAUUGGUUGAAAUGACAAGAUUCUAACAAGAGUCUGUUCACUCACAAAACACUGUCGUGCUGUCCAUUUCCGGUGGAGAAGUCACAGACUGGGAGAAAAGAUUUGCCGGUCACAUCUGUGACAGAGGAUCUGUAUCUGGACCGUGCAGAGAACUUUCAGAGCUCCACAGCAAGAGAGCACACAGCCCCGUUAGCACGUGGGCAAGAGACAUAACUUGGCGCUCCACUGAACAGGGCACAGGUGUGCGUGGCAAACCAGCAUGUGGGACAAUGUCUGCCCGCCAACGGCUUGGUUGUCAUCGGUGUUUUAUCUGUGUCGCUGCAGACCCGCUGUGCUGCUUCCCAGACGCUCCUCUGAUUCGGUGCCUGGUAAAUGGCAGGGGAACCCCACGAUGACUUCCUGUCGGGGUGAUAUCCAGAUACUUGUUUGAUAAAGGGAUCAUCUGGAUCCUCGUUUCCCCGUAUUGCCGUGGAAGUUUUCCAACAGGUGGGGGGACGUCCUUUUGUCAGCAGAGUGUUCCCUUCCCGAAACACACGUGCACACGAGUGUCUUAACUGACCGAUGUCUGUACUUCCUGCGCCGGGGGGUGAGCUGGACUCCUGAGCCACGGCACGGAUGUCUGUGCGCCCCUGCCCAGAGGGGUCCAAACUGGCAGGCUUCAGUCAUGCAGGCAAUAAACACUCUUCCUGGCAACCCAGCCAUGCCAAAGAGACGAAUGCCUUUUCACAAGUUGUCAUUCCUAUCAAAUUAAGCUACUUCUGACUUGAAGAAUGCCCAUUCUGCCAAUGAAGUGUCCUCCUUGCCUCCUGGUGUAGUCCCUUGCUGUGAAAACUGGUCACUUCAGAAAAGGUGAGGCCGGCUGUCCCCGGACCUCCGUCACUCUCCCCCACGGGGACAACCGCAGUAAUUUGACUGUAUUUUGCUUUUAAUUUACACAAAGCUUUUAUCUGUGAUCCUUUCCCCUCAAACACAGUAUUGUGAACCAUUUUGAUGAUAAAUAUGUAAAAUGUGAAUAAUGGAAUUUAUGUGUCUGUGUCCAGCCUUUUGAGGUCUCUGGAGGACAUUCUCUUCUACGUAGCAAUAUGGAACGCUCCACUGUGCUUUCAGCAAAGCACAUGUCACCGUUACGGUCCUGUGCCCUUCCCGUUGGCCUCUUAGACGUCUGGUUAGCGGGGGCCCAAAGAGUCCAGUGAGUCGGUGGAUGUAACUUUGUAAAUACCAUGUUAUUGCAUACAAGAACAGCCUGGUGCUAACGUUCUGCCCUUGGCGUUCGUAGGUGGUGGCUGACUCCUCCCCCCGCCAUAGCUCGGCUCUGCGAUGCCCUGUACUUCGGGAUUUCAGUCAGGGCCGCUGCCCGUGGCUUUUAUCCUGCUUCCACUGUGGAAAAUGUGUAUGUACUUCAUGCUCGACACUCACCACCUCUCAACACAUCGUCCUGCUUGACU